CAUCUUCCAGAGGGGGAACAGCAGCGCCGCUGGAUUUACGCGGAUUUAUUUUGUUUUAUUUUUUUUUCCCCCUCUUCCCACGCAGCAAUUCCCAACCCCGGCUGCUCCCGGCAGCCCGGCAGGGAGUGGGAGGAAGGGGAUGCUCGGAGGAUUUGGGAAAAUCCGGAGCAUUUCCAGCCAUGCUCCACCGGAGCUGCUCGCUCUCUGCAUGAGCUGCUGAGGCGGCUCUGGAGCCGCAGGAUUGAUGGAGAGGCGCUGAAAGCACCAACCCCUUCCCGGCGGCCGCCAUGGAGCUGCCCAGCACCAAAGACUUCCAGUGGAAGUCUCUGGCGCCGCUGCCCAGCCGCAGGGUGUACUCCACGCUGGUGGAGGCGGGCGGGCAGGUCUUCGCCGUGGGCGGCUGCGACGACAACGGCGUCCCCGUGGCCUCCUUCGAGGCCUACUCGCCCGAGGCCGACCAGUGGGCAUCGCUGCCCGCCAUGCCCACGGCCAGGGCCGGCGUGGCCGUCACCGUGCUGGGCAAGAGGAUCAUGGUGAUCGGCGGCGUGGGCGCCGACCAGCUGCCGCUGAAGGUGGUGGAGAUGUACAACACGGACGAGGGGCGCUGGAGGAAGCGCAGCUCGCUCCGCGAGGCCGCCAUGGGCAUCUCGGUGGCGGCCAAAGAUUACAGGGUGUACGCAGCGGGCGGGAUGGGCUCGGACCUGCGGCCCCACAACUUCCUGCAGCACUAUGACGUGCUCAAGGACAUCUGGGUGUCCCUGGCUGCCAUGCCCACCCCCCGCUACGCGGCCACGUCCAUCCUGAGGGGCACCAAGAUCUACGUGCUGGGAGGAAGGCAAUCCAAGUACGCCGUCAACGCCUUCGAGGUCUUCGACACGGACACGCGCUCCUGGACCAAGUUCCCCAACAUUCCCACCAAAAGAGCCUUCUCCAGCUUCGUGCCCACCGAGGAGAAGCUCUUCAGCCUCGGGGGGCUGCGCCAGGGCCGGCUCUACCGGCAGCCCAAGUUCAUGAGGACCGUGGACGUGUUCGACCUGGAGCAAGGGGGCUGGAUGAAGACGGAGCGCUCCUGCUACCUGAAGAAAAGGCGAGCAGACUUCGUGGCCGGAUACCUGAGAGGCAGAGUUGUCGUGGCUGGGGGCCUGGGGAAUCAGCCGACAGUGCUGGAGUCGGCAGAGGCUUUCCACCCCGAGAAGAACAAGUGGGAGAGCCUGCCCCCCAUGCCCACCCCGCGCUGCGCCUGCUCCAGCAUCGCGCUGCGGGACUGCCUGCUGGCCGUGGGGGGCGUCAGCCAGGGGCUCAGCACGGCCGUGGAGGCCCUGUGCCUCUCUGACUCCUGAAUCCCACCGGGAACGCGGCCCUGUGCCUCUCUGACUCCUGAAUCCCACCGGGAACGGGGCCCUGUGCCUCUCUGACUCCUGAAUCCCACCGGGAAUGGGGCCCUGUGCCUCUCUGACUCCUGAAUCCCACUGGGAACGGGGCCCUGUGCCUCUCUGAUUGCUGAGAAUCCCACCGGGAACGGGGCCCUGUGCCCCUCUGACUCCUGAAUCCCACCGGGAACGGGGCCCUGUGCCCCUCUCUGACUCCUGAAUCCCACCGGGAACGGGGCCCUGUGCCUCUCUGACUCCUGAAUCCCACCGGGAAUGGGGCCCUGUGUCUCUCUGACUCCUGACUGGAAUACUUCUGGAGGAGAAUCUCACCUUGGACAUUGCCCUGUGCCUCUCUGACUCCUGAUCUGAGCCCACCUGAGGGGACAUCCCACCUUGGACAGGGCCCUGUGCCUCUCUGAUUCCUGAUUGGAACUCCCUGGAGGAGAAUCCCACCUGGAACAAGGCCCUGCCCCUGCUGUCCCCAGCAGUGGCAGUGGGGACAGUGCUGGCAUCUCCCAGGACUGGGACAGCACCAUCCAGCUGCUGCAGGGGCCUGGCUGCUCCUCCAGAAACACAUCCAGGGAUUCUGGUGCCUCCCUUCCUGGCACUGCUGUCCAUGAGGAACCCCCACACUGGCCAGGGGUCCCCUCCUGUCACUGUCACAGCUCCAUGGGGACACCCCCCAGCCAGGGGAACUGCU